AUGCAAAUCGAGUUGUCAGAAAGAAGUGUCCGCGACCGCCGCGCCGUCUCUUUCCAACCGCACCCGCUCGAGCGCGAGCGACAGAGAGCUACAUACGCUUCAGAAGCGAGAACGAAAGAGACGGAGCCGUGCAGCUACGGCGGGAAAACCUCCCGCCCACAACACGUCAAAAUAUUUUCAGACGCUAAUAAGUUGGCGAGCGGCGGUGGCGGCGGGCGCGGCCUGUUCUGCUACCACUGCCCGCCGAGCUUGCCGCCUCACCAGCACCGCCUGCCGACCCUCGAGUACCCGUUCACGGCUUCACACCCAUAUACAAGUUAUUCAUAUCAUCCGGCGAUACACGAUGAUACGUUCGUACGUCGGAAACAGAGGCGGAACCGCACCACAUUCACUUUACAGCAGCUUGAAGAAUUGGAGACGGCGUUCGCCCAGACUCAUUAUCCGGACGUAUUCACACGAGAGGAUCUAGCUCUCAAAAUCAACCUCACGGAGGCCAGAGUGCAGGUCUGGUUCCAGAAUCGCCGAGCAAAAUGGAGGAAAGCUGAACGAUUGAAAGAAGAACAAAGAAAGCGAGAAGGAACCGAUGUGCUGACCAAGAGAGACCCCGCUGAUGAUAAGGGGUCGUCGGAAUGCGGAAUGUCUCGAGGGUCUGCAGAGGCGUCUCCCGUGUCUGCGGCGGCGUCACCCCGCGCGUCCCCCCCGGUCACCCCCGGCUCUCCGCGUCGAUCGCCAACACGUUCCCCUAACAGAUCACCUAGACUUGAAAGGUCCGAAACUAGCUGUGCAUCUCCGGCUCCGUCUGUCGGCAGCGCCGGGUCCAGAGAAGCUGUGAUGGAGCAACGACCCCCACAUCACAUCUUCUCUCCUUUCGACCAUUCCGGUGCGUUCCGUUCGUCGCCAGGUGGCGCGGCGAGCGAGUCUGCCGCUUCUCACCCACCGCCCCUCUUCCUGCCCCCCCACUUGUCACAUCUGUCGCAGCAUCUCAAUCAUUUAUCACAGCCGUUCUUCCCAUUGAAAGGCUGGGGUGCUCCGUGUCCGUGCUGUCCCAAAGAGGAAGCGAGGUCGUCGAGCGUGGCCGAGCUGCGGCGUAAAGCUCACGAGCACUCCGCCGCGCUGCUGCACUCGCUGGCCAGCUUCCAGUCGCGGGCCUUACUGCCGCUGCCGCUGCACUUACCGCCGCUGCCACUGGCCUUACUGCCGCACGACGCGCAGCACCAACCGAACUCCGCGCCGACCGAAUCACCGAAGCACCUUGAAUAAUUCUCGUG